CUUUUCAUCCAGGACGUCCGGUCAAUAGUCGAGCAGCAGAUCUAAAACAGCACCAUAACGGACGAGAAGUUUCUACCGGUCCGUUACUGCCGCGUUUCACCGGAUAAACAAAGUCCCUCUGAGUUCUUCGGUCAUUCUAAGCUAAGCUAAAAGCUAACACCGAAGCUAACGGCUAGCAGUCCCGCGAUGAUCGGCUGUCUGGUCGCCGGCAGGUUAGUGCAGACGGACGCGACGCAGGUCGCCGCGGACAAGUUCGUGUUCAACCUGCCGGACUACGAGAACGUGAACCACGUGGUGGUCUUCAUGCUGGGCACGGUGCCGUUUCCCGCCGGUACGGGCGGAGCCGUUUAUUUUUCGUUCCCGGACCCGGUGAGCGGAACCGGCUCCGUGUGGCAGCUGCUCGGUUUCAUCACUAACGACAAGCCGAGCGCCAUCUUCCGGAUCUCCGGGCUGAAGGCCGGGGAGGGCGGGGCGAACUUGUUCGGCUCCUCCUCCUCCUCCUCCGUGGCCCAGGUGGGGGUCUCGGUGGAGCCUCUGGACCAGCUGGCCCAGCAGGUCCCGGUCUCCUCCUCCUCCGUCUCCACCACCGCGGACUCCUUCCUGCAGUUCGCCCAGAAGACGCUCGACAGUUUGUACAACUUCGCCUCGUCGUUCGCCGUGACGCAGGCGCAGAUGACGCCGAACCCGUCGGAGACCUUCGUCCCGUCCAGCUGCGUCCUCAAGUGGUACGAGAACUUCCGGAGGAGGCUGAGCCAGAACCCGAACUUCUGGAAGACCUGAGCGCUAAAGCUCGAGACUAGUGUCCACUGUGCCUCCUGUUAUUACAAUAAAGGUUAUUCAAAGCGCCACACAUUUAUAAUAAAUACAAUGAUUCCACUUUAUUUACAUUUAACAUCAUGAAAAGUUUAACUUUACAUUAAUUGAAAGUAUUAUGAAGGAAAAUAAACAUUUUAUAAACU